CGCAAGUUUAAGGUCGCUGUCUAGUUCCGGGCCUAAUAUGUGGGCGUACAGUCUGAGAACUUGUUAUAUAAGCUGAGACAUCUUCAAAGCAAACAAUCAGUCAACAUCCAAACAAAAUCCAAUCAUCAUGAAGAUUAGCUGUGCUUUCUUAAUGCUUUGCCUCUUUGGCAGCAGCUAUGCUCAAUAUCAAUAUCCAGGCGCAGGAGCUGCCUCCACAGGAGCUGCUCAAGGAGCCAGUCCCUCGUCAGCUUCCCCUGCUGCUCCCGUGGAUAAUCGCAUAAUUGGUCUUAAUGGCCUGCUUGGCGGAGGAGGAGGUGGUGGAGGCGGCGGACCAUUUGGUGGUCUAUUUAGCAAUCUCCUCGGUGGCUUCUUAGGUGGUGGCAACAACGCACGCCCUUCGUUUGGUCAACAAGGUUAUCCCGCUCCCUUGCCUUCCUAUGGUGGUGGUUAUCCCGGCUAUGGAGGAGUUGGUUUCCCUGGCUAUGGAGGAGCUCUCGGCAACGGUUAUGCUGGCAACUAUCCCGGCGGCUACGGUGGUGGCUACGUUCCCGGCUAUGGCAACUAUUAUGGCUAA